AAGAUAAGGAGGUUGAUGAAUUCCUGGGUUCAAAGUAUAAGGAAAAGGUUAGUAAUGAGAUAAGAGAAAGGAACAGAGAGAAAAAGCUUCGAGAUCAAGAGACAUAUAAUACCUCUUUGGCAAUGUCGAUUCUGCCAAUACCACCCGUUCCUUUAGUAUCGACCGAUUCAUCACGUGAGGCAAAAACCGUUUCCAGUGGAAACGAUCAGAGAAAAGUUUUGUCAAAAUCUUCUGAGCUGAUACAAAUUGGUCCUGAUGACAGAGUAUUUAAUGAUGGGAAGGAUAUCAGUAUGACAGUGCCGAAAUUAACGAGUCUUGUGCUACCCAAAUUUCAAAGACCCUCAUUCCAGAGUGUGCAUCAAAUUUGGCUCGCUUGUUUGAAAAAGCAAUCAAGACAGGUCAGAAAGAAAUUUUACGUUGGUAUAAAUUAUUCUCUUGAAAUCGAGAGCAAGUUCUCGCUAUUAUGGAUGAAAAGCGAAAAAAAUAAGAUAGGUUUGCCACCAAUCACUCAACCCAAGAAGACCACACUAGUCAUCCCGUAUGAUACUUGUGCUUCCUAUAUCAAUACAGUAUUGAAGGAGCACCCUUACCUAUCUUUGCGACAUAGUGACGAAUUUAACGAUUGUUACGAAUUCAAUGAUUCAGGAGUAUGUCCAGGAUGUGAGAAAGAGCAUAGUAAAGGGUAUGUAUUUGGUAUAGUCGGUCAAUGCAGAAAUGGUUCUUACUAUGUUAAGUGCCGAAACUUGCUCCAUGAAAAAGAAAUCAGUAAAGUUGGCACAGCCAAGAUGAGUAUAUCAUCUACAUCUCAAGUCUUGGAUUCUUCUGAUCUGAAAACUCAGACAAGUAUACCUCCCACAUCUCAACCCAAGAAGGCCUUACCUGAAAAACAGAAUAAUCUGACACCCAUGACCAUGCUAUUUUCCGCAAUAAAGCAUUGGAACAAUAUCCUGAUCUAUAUUAUGAAUUCAGCAGUGAAAAUGUUGAUUAUUAUGGAAUUACUGCCGAGACAUUAUGUCCUUUAUGCAAGUUAG